AUGUCCGAACCCAUCCCGAUUCAUGAAGACCGUGACUCUGGACACAUAUGGCGUUCUCAAAUCGGUUACCUUCUCAACUGUUGCAUGAUUUGUCAUGCAAAUUUACCAUGAGCCGCCAGACGAUCAAGCUGAUGAAGCUCCGGCGCGUGGCAAAAAAUUCCCGAAGGGCUAAACAAUUUGCCUAAAUUAUCAGUGCCAAAUUUAUUGUGAUGCGAGAGUUGCAACAGCUUGUUCCUUUCACUAUUGCGGUUCUUGCAUCACAAGUCCAUGUAGCAGCUGAGAAUGUACUAACAGUUGAGAACGCCAUAAGACAGGCAAAGUGGUGGCGUACCCGGAGGACGUGUAAAAUUUUAUUUCAAUAUCACACUGCAAGUCAAAUCACACUGAAACGACUUCACUACAUCACAUUUUUACACAACUGAUCAUAAUCCCCGCGAAAAAUCGUUAUCCGCAUCUACUUUUGUUCAUGUUCCAUGAAGAAUUGCGUCUCUGUGUCAACAAAAAAAGCAGAGCCAGAGGCUUCGCAGCAUAUGUAUUAGUUUUGCAGUUUUAAUCUGCUUGUGUGCUGUGACUUGUAGACGUAUAGGC